AUGGAAAAGUUGAUUGUAAGAAGGAUUGGUUCUCAACUAACUUACGCUUUUGGGUUUCGAUUAUUUCCUACACGAUUUAAAUCAUCUAUAACAGAUUCUAAACUAAAUACUUCAUCAAAAGAUAUACAGGAUUUAUCAUGGAAUGAAUUUUUAUAUUUACGUCGCCAAAAUUUGCGAUCUGGUUUAAUCGCUUCUAUUCCUUCAUCUAUUGUUGGACUUUCUUUGGGCUAUUUUUACUUUGCUACAAUACAAGUGGAUCCUACACAAACAAUAUUUGGGAUAGAUCCUUUUGUAGUAUAUUUAUUAGCUACCUUAGCUUGUGGAGGUGUUGGUUGGUUAUUUGGCCGACCUAUAGGUAUCGGAUUAUGGAAAAGUUUUCAUUCUAAGAGAAACAAAUUGAUUCAAGAAAAAGAGCGCGAUUUUUUUCUACAUAUUCAAAAAAAUAGAGUAGAUCCAAGACAUCAAUCAAUAAAUAAUCCUGUGCCUGACUAUUAUGGGGAAAAAAUUGGCUCUCUAUCUGAUUAUAGAAGAUGGUUAAGAGAUUGUAGAGCGUAUAGGAAAAAAGCGUUAAUUGAAUAA